AUGAUUGCCGGGCCGGGUGUCCUUGUCCCGCCUCCUCUGCACGCCGGCCCCGGUACUGGCGCCUACAUGCCCGCUGUUGGGCCUUAUGGCGCGCCCCUUGCGCAUCCUGCUCCUUUCGCGGGGCUCUCACCGCCGCUGGGUUACAUGGGCGUGCCUCCGCCUGUGGCGGAAGAAGCGGGGGAAGGAUGGGAUGAGGAGAAUGCUGAGGCGGAAGAGAUGGCGGAAGAGCAUCCCCCGACUCUGAAGAGCGUUGGGCGGAGCAAGAGCUGGGGGCAAGGGCUGUUCAACGGGAUCAUGCGCCUGGUGCGGAGCAAAUCUGGACGGUUCGAAAGAGAGGAGAAAGAGAAGGAGAACGUGCAGGGUGAUGAGGUACGACAGGAGCAGUAUGAGAGCAAAGAGUGGCACGGGGAGACGGAGAAUGUGGAAGGGGGGAAGAAAGAAAGAAGGCUUAGGAGAGGAAGGAGCAUUGGGAACUGGCUCGGACUGGGAGGAGACCACGGGGAGACGUCAUUUGAUGUGGAGGGGAAUGGUUUUGAAGUGACUCCAAUCCGCCUCCCGUUCCGACUCCCCCAGUACAGCCCAUUCCCCACUCCGAAUCCCCCUAAUGUUCCCGCGUGCGUAAGAACCAGCAUUCUCCACCCAUCAACCUCCCGCUUCCCCCCGACAACCCUUUUACCCGCGCCGCCCCGGGAAUCCGCCCGCAUGCAAAUCCCCGCAGGGUGGAAGAAGUGGAGCGACCCGGCGACGUGGCCGGCGGGGAAGGUACCGGGCGUGGGCAUGAACAUGGGCGUGAACGCCACCGUGCCGUGCGGCGUGGGCGUGCUUCUGGAUACCAACGUCACGCUCUACCUCCUCGAGAUUAACGGCUGGCUCAAGGUGGAGGCGCUGGGUCCGCUGCAGGUAAUGGCGGCGUUCAUUUUAAAUCAGGGCCGCGUCACCGUCGGCACGGCCGCGGCGCCGUACCGCGGCCGGCUAACCGUCAAUCUUACCGGCGCCGCCAACGAGCUCACCAUCACGCGGCCGCCCGCCGCGCCGUCCCAGCCGCGGUCCGUGGGCGUCCGCGUGUUCGCAACCGUCGGCGGGCGGCUCGAGCUCAACGGCAUGUACGGCAACGCGCCCUCGUGGACCACGCUCGCCGCGACUGCCGCCGCGGGCGCGACGAGCAUUCGGGUGAAGGGCGACGUGACGGCGUGGCCGGUGGGCGGGGUGAUCGCGAUCGCGUCGACGGAUUUCGACCGUUACCAGGCGGAGAACUUCACAAUCACGUCCGUGACUGCCGGUCCGGGCAACACGACGGUGCUGGGGCUGGGCGGCGCGCUGGCGUGGAUGCACUGGGGGGAGGCAGUAACAUCAGGCGCCGCGGGGGGUGGCUCCACGGUGGACGAGGCGGCGGAGGUGGCGCUGCUGUCGCGCGCGAUCGUGAUUCAGGGCCACCAGAACCCCGAGGACCCGCUGAUCGGCGGGCAUUUCAUGGUGAUGCAGACGGCAGAGCGGCAACUCAUCAAAGGCGUCGAGCUCGUCAACAUGGGCCAGCAGGGCAGCCUCGGCCGCUACCCCAUGCACUUCCAUCUCUGCCAGGAUGUGUCUGGUUCCGUGGUCAGCAGCUGCAGCGUGCAUGAUAGUAACCAGCGGUGCUACGUGGUGCACGGCACGUGGAAUCUGCGGCUGGAGUGGAACCUGGGGGUUAAUACCAAGGGGCACUGCUUCUUGUUGGAGGAUGCCAUUGAGUUUGGCAACACGUUUGUCAACAACCUUGGCUUCCUGCAGGAGCCAGUGAAGCGUCUGCUGCAGCCCACGGACGCCAUACCAGCCACACAGAGCGACGACGUGCCGUCAACGUUUUGGAUCACCAACCCCAACAACACGUUCAUCGGGAACGUUGCUGCAGGCUCUUUCGACUCGGGCUUCUGGUUCCAGCUACCGGGGCGGGUGGAGGGGCCGUCAGCGCUCUUCCCGAACGCGGCAGGGGUGACGCCGUUCCUGAUCCCCUUGGGCCCGUUCGUGGGCAACGCGGCGCACUCCAACGGCCGUGCGGGGCUGCGCACGUACCCCUCAGGGUACCGCCCUCGCCUCAACGGGGGGGUCUCCAACGUGCAGGAAAAGUCCGGGAUCAACGCGCCGCAAGUGAACAUCACAAUGACGAGCUUCCGGGCGUACAAGAACCAGUUCAUAGGCAUGUUCAUUCACAACUCGGAUGGGUUGCACAUCAGGGGAGCGCGGGUGGCGGACAAUGCAGUGGUGGGCAUCGAGCUCAACCGCGACCAGGCCGUUGUGAUAGCGGACUCAGUGUUCAUAGGCGAGUCGGCCAACAUAGGCAACCCCACCAUGUGCGACAACCCCAGCAACACCUUUGGCGGCUGCAAGGCGCUCGCCUCCGCUGGCGUCUGUGACCUGCCGCUGCCGCUCGCCAAGGCACGCUCCAACAGUCGAACAGUGAGCCGCUACGCACCCAAGUACGGCAUUUUGAUCGACCAGGCGGACCCACCGGCCCACGGGUGGAGCAUGGGUGUGCCCCACCGUAUUGUCAACUGCUCCUUCUCUGGCUACUACCCCCGCUGCCAACCGGCUGCCGGCAUCUCACCCAACGGGCAUUCAGCAUACAUCUGGCCGGCAACCUACACAAGCAGCAGCCUCACUUUCCCCGAUGCCACCUCCCCCGCGCUCUACCUCGUCCCGCGCAACCGCGGCCAGCUGGGCUUUGAUGGCGGGUACGGGGAUGCGGGGCCGCUGGCAGGCACGUACGUGUGGCGCGACGAGGACGGGUCGGUGGUUGGCAGGAGUGGAGGGUUUGCUGUUGCAAAUAAUACUGCGCUGCUGCCGGCAGGGGAUGUGUGCACUGCGAAACCCGAAUGGAACGGCUAUGCCUGUCCAGGCACGUGCUACCGCACUGUCUCCAUCCAAGGGGGUAGCGCAAGCUUCACACUGAUCCCAGCCGGAGGCAGCAGCAACGGCAGCAGCGGGGGAGUUGCGAGCAUAUCGAGCAACGGCGCGCAGUUCGUGAACGUUCUGGCGGGGAGAGCGUAUGUGGUGACACCUGGAGGAGGGAGCGGAUCUGGUGCUGCUGCAGCUGCACCAGCGGCGUAUACAGUGUCGUAUGCGGACGGGGGGUUUGGAUGCACGCUGCCCGUGGUGCUGCAGUUCCCGCUGCCCCGUGCGGGGUACACGUGGCAGCUGGCUCCCUCUGAUGAUAUCUUCUGGCAAGCGUGCAGCGGAGUGACUUUGCCAUUCGCCACGAUAGCCCAGGCGCAGUGGCUGUGUCUGGACGCUGCUCCCGUGCUGCAGGUGUCCCUCGGUGCCAACUCCUCCGCCACUGUCGUGCUCACGCAGGUUCCCGGCAACUUCUCCUGCGUGAACAUCCAAUGCGGCAUAAUCCCGCCGUCUGCCAACUGGAGUUACAGCGAUACCAUGAAGUACCCCCCCGAGUUCCUCGCGUAUGCGCCGCCCGCCAGGUGGAAGGUGGGGCGCGCGCCCUUUGGCUACGGCGGGCAGGGCGAGGUCACCACCGUCGCACACGCUGGCCCGGGCGCGCUGGCAUGGUAUUUCCGCGCGUCCUUCUCGCUCAAGUACGCGGGGUGCUACCGCUCGCUGCUGUUCGGGUACAAGGCAAGUGACGGCAUCGUGGUGUAUGUCAACGGCGCCGAGGCCUUCCGCUCCAACAUGCCUGCUGCUUCCUCCUCCACACCUGUUACCAUCUCCACGCCCGUGAGUGGUCGGGCCCCCUGGUCCACAACCAUAGUGGCAGUGAGCAACGUGCGGCUCAUGUCGGGGCGCAACUCAAUCAUGGUGGAGCUGCAUGCCACACAGGCAUACGCAUGGGAGGUGCACCUCAACAUGUGGGUCGCUGCUGUCGGCUCUAGCUGCCCCCUCACGCGCUUCUUUGACCAGCGGUCCUCGCUCGCGUUCACCGCUGCCGCUGCCGGCAUUGGCGCUGGCGCUUCUGCCGGCAAGUGA